AUGGAUUUUUUUCCACCGGCGGCUCCUGUGGUGGCAGCUACUGAGUUUUCUCCUGGUUCCCAGCUGAAAUACCAGAAGGACAACUUUCAGCAUGGAUUCAUACUUGACAAAGAGGAAAGUUUAAAAGAUCUCUAUGCAGAAAAGAACCAAAGAUAUUCCUAUUCUAAAUCUGCAGAAAGCACUCAGGACAGGCCCAGGCACUUCUGGUCAAGUGGACUAGAGAGCAAGCAUCUCAUCAGCCAGGCCUGUACUCUAUCAGCUAAAUCAUUAGGCAGACAAAAAGAAGGAGUGGACCGUGCAUAUCCCCUGCAACCAAUUUCUCACCACAAGAGUGCAAGAGCCUCACUGCUCAACACUAGAAGUUCCACACGUGUGCAGGAAUCUCCAAAUAGCAGAUCAAGCUCAAUAAGCAAAGAGAUGGUUCCAGCAGGGAGAUCUCAGUUAGCUGCAGAGCUCUGCCCUUGGACAGGAGAGCCUGAACCAUCAGCUCCCCAUCUAUACAGGAGAGAGCUGGCCUACAUCCUAAAGCUAGAGGCAGACAGAAGGAACCUAGAAGAGGCAAUUCAAAAGAAAAAGGCUCUUCUUGGAGAGAAACUAAAGAGGACAGUGGAGACACUUAGGAGGAUUCAAAGAGAGAAGGAGCUUAUCAAGGUAGAGGAGAGAAAAGAAAGUGAAGUGGAGAGGACCCAUGGGCAAAAGGCCACAAGGCACCCUGAAGAGAACAUUUUCAGAGUUGCAGACACACCAGGUGUUGGGAUCUUCAGUGGGGCACAGUCUGCAGAAGACACUAUCCCCAAGUCUGGCGCCACUCUCCAACCCCAAGAGCUGGCUGUGGGGGAACUCAAGGAGUGGCUGGUGGCUGCAAAAUACAACAAAACAAACAACAUUGAAAUACAAGACAACAUACCCUUGGAGCAUUUAUCUUCUUGUUCAAAACUGGUCCCAAAACAGAGCCUUUCUCUCCCUGCCCUCUCAGACCGAGAUUCUGAUGACCACCCAUUUGCAGAGGUGCUACACAGGCAGGCCACCAGUGCUGUGGAGCAAGAGGGGUUUGGACAGUGCAGCUUCUGCAAACGUAAGUUUCUCUGCACAAGGCUCGAGAAACACAUGAGUAUCUGUGGCAAGAACCAAGACUCCAAGAGGAAAGUGUUUGACUCUAGCAAGGCCAGAGCUAGGGGAACAGAACUGGAAAAGUAUCAGCAGCAGAAGAGCUCAAGGAGUCCUCAGAGUAAAUCACCACCCAGAAAGAACAACUGGAAACAGAAGCACGAGGCUCUCAUCCACAUCAUGUCACAGGCCCGGCAGGUGGAGCAAAUCCUCGCUAAGGGGAGGGAGGUGUCUGACCUGCCCCCAUUGCCUCCCAUCGAAAAUGAAGACUAUGUUGCCUGCACCUAUUGUGGACGCAAGUUUGCUCCCCGAGUAGCUGAGAGGCAUAUUCCCAAAUGCAAAAACAUAAGGAAUAGGCCCCCACCUCCACCACAGAGGAGGCGCUGAUGAGAAAGAGCCCAGCUGUAUCUGCUGCUGUGAUUCCCUGCCUGGUUUUUACCAGAUUCCCAGGUUUUGGAAACACAGUUUCCAUUUGCAUUUUCUGUAGUCUCAACACUGGCUGCAAACUUCUAUGUACAGCAAGUGAACAGCUCAGGAUGAAUAUGCUGAAAAAAGAACUUGUAUCCUUUGACCUACACCCUAGGUUACCCCACAAAAGAUGCCCAUUUCCUCAGCACAUGAAGCUCAUGAUCAGAAAUUCCAGGGGUUAGAAAAGCUAGCAAUAGGAGGCAUUUACUGUUUGAAUCCUUAUGUCAAUUCAUGUGCAUAGAACAAGGCAAUUCUGAAUCAGCCAGGCCCUUGAGGCAACAGAACAACCAUCACAAUCAGAUUUAAUAUUUUUAAAAAUUGAGUUUUCCUGCAGGCCAAGUUGCUAGGAACCCCUAAAAGCAAAGCUUUCACCCUUUCUUAAGUCAUCUGCUUAUUUCAUCUUGGCUGCUGCAAUGGGAGGGCAUUAUGACAAAAACAUAUCCCUUCUUUUGUUUUCUUUUCAAGAUGUUAUUUUUCUAGAUUCUGAUUAUUAAAUAUAUUGAACUA